AUGAAAGACUUGGCUAAUAAAACAGCCUUAGAAAGUCGAAAAAUGAAUACUACUAUAAGAAUAUAUCAAGAAGAUUUAAACACUGCAAGCACUGACCAACAACUAAAUUCUUCUAUAUUGUCUAAAAUUGAGGCAAAAACUGCUGUUUUUAACCCUGAGAACAAUGAAGAUUUUGAAACAAAUUAUUUGGAUUAUGAGAUAAAUUAUAUCUAG